AUGGAAGUUUCGAACUUCGUCUUCAAUAUACUCGAACAACUUCAAAAAGCUAAUGAUCAAAUUCGACAUCGUUUUUAUCAAACUGCUUCAGUUAUUAUUCCAAUAUUGAAAGUUUUACUCCACAAACUGACAAAUGUUGUGAACAACGGGGCAUCAGUCUCCGAACAGUUGAUUGGCCGCAAUGUGCUGAAUAAAUUGGAAACGGCAUCAAACAAUUCUCAGAAAAAUGUGGUUCUCAAAACUGCCACAUUUCUGGAUCCUCGUUUCAAAAACGAGUUUUUCUCAGAAUGUCACAAGAACUACAUGAUCCACCAUUUCAAAGCCCGCUUUGAUAAAGUGAUCAAGGAAGAGGUUCUUACCGAGGAAACGACAGAUUUCGAUCAGUUCGUUCAAGUGAAGAGCAGCACAUCACCUUCCGAACCGAAAAUCGUGUGCCUUGAAAAAGAAAUCGAGGCUUAUCUCUGUAAAGAUACAAACUCCAAAACCGAUCCAACAGAUUUCUGGAUGCAGAAUCAAAGCCAGUUGCCAAUCCUGAAGUCUCUUGCUUCAGAGUACUUGCCGAUUCCAGCGUCUGCUUCAGGGACGGAAAAGUUGUUUGAAGACGGACAAAAAAUGAUUUCGAAGGGCUUUAUUAGUGGUAUACGAGAUGAUUUUAUCUUUUGUUCAGCCAACAUUGCUGGCUAUGGAUGUUGA